GGUUUGAGAUUCCCCCCUAAAACAAUCAUUCUUUUUUGUGAUAAAUAAGUCGUGGAAACAUUUUGAUAAGUCGUGAAACAUUUAGGUUUUUAACUAUUAACUAAUGUAAUCUAUGUACUACCUCCUACCAUAGGCUUAGGGUAACCUACGUUUAAUUUUCCAAUAAUUAAUCGAAACAAAUAAAGAGCAGACUGUUUUUUUGGCAAAGUCUGGAUAAUUAUUAUGAAGCACAUCUUUUAUUUUGAAGAGUUUUCGAUAGCAGGCUCUCCCUCACCAGCCAUGUUGGUUCAGUGAAAUCCGACGGUUACCGUGUUAGAGCAAGAUAUUACAACGGAGUCUUGAAAAACGGUAAUGUUUUGAUUCUUGCUGCUGGUGGUGGAUGGAACGUGACGGAACAUGUGGACCCUGGUUUACAACGACCCGUCUCUCCGAUUUUAGAUAUGCUUAAAAGCAGUAGCUUAUCGCCGUAGUCAUGGACAGUCUAUCAGCACAGCUUGAGGAGGUGAGAAGUCGGGCUGAGGCCUGUCUGUCUUCACCAUGCUCAGCUCAUGAAGUCCGGGCAGGUGUGUGUGCCAUGGCCAACCUUGCCUUACCACCAUCUGUCAAGUACCGGGAAAUCUCAGCAGAAAUCAUGGUGAAGGAAAACAGUUCUGGCAAUAACAAGAAAGAGACCAUAGGUUCUUUGCAGAGACUCUCCACUGCUCUUAACAUCCUAGAGAAGUAUGGAUCCAACCUCACCAGCUCCAACAGGCCAAAGUUUUGGCGGACCGUGAAGCACAAUAACCCUGUUUUCAGAGCAACAGUGGAUGCCAUUAAGGGAGGAAGGGCAGUGCUGGGUCUCUAUGGAUACACCAAUCAACAAGCAGACGGUCUCAGCUUUCCUGAGGAUAUCCAAGAGCCAGAUAUUCAGAAGGUGUCCUCGGUCACCCUGGAGGUCAUGAGUCUAAGGAUGGAGCUUGACAUGCUUAUCCAGGAGUCUCACCCUCAUCCAGAGUUCUUUGAGCCACUAGUUCCGUCAGUAUUUCAGCAGGAGGAAAAAUUGCUGGCCUCCCCCUCUGACACUCCAUGGAAAAAGGAGGAUAAACUAAUGUUAGCUGCUACUCCAUCUAAAGCGUCCUCCUCCACUAAGCCCACUGGUUGUAGUCUCUGUGGUGGCACCGCUUCUGUGUUGUGCGCUCCGUGCGGUUCCAUUCGCUUUUGUGAGUCUUGUGACUUGGCCUUCCAUCGCCACCCUAGCAGAGCCACCCAUAAGCGGGAGCCCACGCUGGCCGAGAGGCAGGGUGAGCACACAGGCCUCAGCUCACGGCUGAGUUUGGCCCCCACAGUUCAAAAUGAUAACUGCACCAUAUGUGGGAUAUUCCCUGUGUCCGCCCAGUGCCCCGUGUGCGUUCAGAGGCUGUGCUCGGAAUGCGACCGGCUGUACCACUCGCAUCCGGCACGCGCCAGCCAUAGCAGGAUCGCAGUGGCCUCCGCCAAGCCUCCAAAGUCAAUAAGCGUGUCCUUGUCCUCCUGGCAGUGUGUCCACUGCACCACACUUAAUAGGCUGCAGGAGGUGCUGUGUGGGACAUGUGAGCGCCCCCGUCUGGCCUCUACUGCAACUGCGGCCACUAGCGCCCCACAGGAGGAGCUGCUACAGCCCUCCACCAUCACAGAGUGGCAGUGUAAGAGCUGCACAGUGGUGAACCCGGGCAGCAGUGUUCUGUGUGAGGUGUGUGAGCGCCCCCGUCUGGCCACACGCCCCCCGCCAACUACACCCUCACGUCCAGCCGCGCCCACAAUGGGUCUAAGAAGCAGUCAGUGGAUGUGUCAGUUCUGCACCUACGCCAAUCACACGCCAUCGUCCAUCUGCGAGAUGUGUGACCUCCCUCGGCCCGAGCCCGCCCCCGCCCCCUUACCCUCCAAAUUCAGAACACCUUCUCCCGCCAGGGACUUCCCGCAGCUGUCCAUCAAGCCCAAAGCCACGCCCAGCGAGGACCCGGACGUGAAGCGCCAGAGGCUGAUGAAGGAGGAGGGGCUGAAGCUGAUCCAGCUGAUUCGUGAAGGCGAGCGGAAGGGGGUGAGCCCAGAGGAGGUGUACACGGGCGUCUGCGUCUCUGGCGACAGCAGCGUCGUGCCCUGCGAUUGGCUGAAGGCUCAGCUGCCCGCCUUGCUGGAUGAGAUUUGCGCCCGGGCUGCCUCGACUCUGCUGGGUCCCCGCGCCCCACUCCAGCCAGAGUCCUCUGAGCGCACCGACGGCUCGCAGGAGCAGCCGAGUCGAGGAGGGGUGCAGCAGCUGUCCAGGGCCGAGGCCAAGUACGCCUGGCUGACAGCAGGUGGCGACACUGAGCGCGCGAUCAAACAGGCGCUGAGAGAUAGAAAGGCCAAGGUGAAGGAGCUGAGUGCGCUGGGCUUCAGCGACACGGCCCGCUGCGGAGAGGCCCUCCGACUGAGCGGGGGUGAGGUGAAGGGCGCCCUUGCCCUGCUGCAGCGCCCCCUCCUGGAGCCGUUUCACCAGCGCAUGUGGAGCGACCAGCCCGAGCCCCCCCUCAAUAUCCACCACCCAGACAAACAGCGAGUGUGCCGCAGGCUGCUGGCGGUAUAUGACUUGCCCAGCUGGGGCCGCAGUGAGCUGGCCCUGUCUCUGCUGCAGGACCCCGCCGCCCCCUACACCCUGGAGGACGUGGUGCAGGCCGUGCGCGAGUCACACGACCGCGACUUCAUUCGCCGCGUGCUCGCCAAAGAAUGCCCCAUCUGCCUCUCUGUCUUUCCCCACAGCAAGAUGCAGUCUCUGACAUCGUGCCAGUGUUCUGUGUGCUGUGGCUGUUUCAAGCAGCACUUCACCAUUGCCGUGAGGGACAAGCAUAUCAGAGACAUGGUGUGCCCUGUGUGCUGGGAACCUGACAUCAACGACCCUGAGCACCUCAACAGCUACUUCUCCACUCUUGACAUUCAGCUCAGAGAAUGUUUGGAACAGGAUGUUUAUGAGCUGUUCCAUAAAAAGCUGACAGAACAGGCCCUCAUUAAAGAUCCUAAGUUCCUGUGGUGCAGCCACUGCUCUUAUGGCUUCAUCUACGACGGCGAUCAGCUCAAGGUCACUUGUUUUCAGUGCCGGAACAGUUUCUGUGCGCAGUGCAAGAAGCCUUGGGAGUCUCAGCACACGGGGCUCUCGUGUGAGCAGUUCCAGUCGUGGAAGCGAGAGAAUGACCCGGAGUAUCAGAGGCAGGGUCUGGCUGGCUACCUGCGCGACAACGGCAUCACGUGCCCUAACUGCAGGUUCCAGUAUGCCCUGGCCAGAGGCGGAUGCAUGCACUUCUGCUGCUCUCAGUGCAGGUAUCAGUUCUGCAGUGGCUGCAAUAACCCCUUCCACACGACGUGCUCAGUGAUCCAGUGCAGUGUGACAGGUCUGCAUGCCCAUCACCCCAGAGACUGCCUCUUCUACCUGCGAGACUGGGAGCCUGCCAGACUGCAGGCCCUGCUGCAGAAAGAAGAGGUGGCGUUCGACACGGACACGCCUCCUGGCACACAGGCAGGUUUGUGUGGCGUGAUAGAACAGAAGGAUGAGGGGGCACAGCAGACUGACUCUGCAUGUGGAGCUCAGACUCAGCCUGGCCAGGCAGGCCUCUGCGAGAAGCACUACAGAGAGUAUCUGGUCAGCCUCAUCAACGGCCACUCCAUUGACCCGGCACCGCUCUACAACGCCAACGAGCUGCUGCUAGCCUGCCGGAGGUACCAAGUCGAGGUGCCGCGGGUGGAGAGCGAGGACGACAGGACGUACUAUUCUCGACUACUGAAAAUAUUGAUGGAUAGUGUGCCACUUGGUGACAAAGUCCCACGGAAGAAGUGAAGGAAUAUAGUUACGCGCACACAGGCACACACAAACACACACAUUGUUUUGUGUCAGUGGGAUUUAAGGCCCUUGUCUACUUCCUGUGGAAAUAACUGCACACUACAGCACUCGAGCGGUAAAAACAGCACGCAAUGCCUUUCACGUCCUUGUAUGGUCAUUCUGUAAGAACGCUCUCUUACCGAAUAACCCUAUAAGAACAUGACAAACAUGCUUUGAUGUAUGGAAACGGGGACAAGACGAAGGCAGAGAGCUCCAAGGAUUCUGCAUUCUGUGCCCCAAGGAAGACUGUGAUGGCUCUAAGAUGCAUGGCAGUGUGAUUGUUUUAUUUAUCAUUGUCAGUAUGAAUGCGGAAUCAGGAAGGAGCAGGACAGUCUGCAAUGCUCAUGAGCGACCUGUAUGCAUGUUGUCUAAUCAUGGUGAGUAUUUGCUGAUUGGCCUUGCCAUCAUCGAGUCUUCAAACAAAUAAAGCUCUGAUUGAUCACUG